GCUCAAGACGUAUGCCAACUUCCCAGAAGCACCUCAGGAGGAGGCUUCUCUCAGCAAUAGGCUCAAGACGUAUGCCAACUUCCCAGAAGCACCUCAGGAGGAGGCUUCUCUCAGCAAUAGGCUCAAGACGUAUGCCAACUUCCCAGAAGCACCUCAGGAGGGGGCUUCUCUCAGCAAUAGGCUCAAGACGUAUGCCAACUUCCCAGAAGCACCUCAGGAGGAGGCUUCUCUCAGCAAUAGGCUCAAGACGUAUGCCAACUUCCCAGAAGCACCUCAGGAGGAGGCUUCUCUCAGCAAUAGGCUCAAGACGUAUGCCAACAUCCCAGAAGCACCUCAGGAGGAGGCUUCUCUCAGCAAUAGGCUCAAGACGUAUGCCAACUUCCCAGAAGCACCUCAGGAGGAGGCUUCUCUCAGCAAUAGGCUCAAGACGUAUGCCAACUUCCCAGAAGCACCUCAGGAGGAGGCUUCUCUCAGCAAUAGGCUCAAGACGUAUGCCAACUUCCCAGAAGCACCUCAGGAGGAGGCUUCUCUCAGCAAUAGGCUCAAGACGUAUGCCAACUUCCCAGAAGCACCUCAGGAGGAGGCUUCUCUCAGCAAUAGGCUCAAGACGUAUGCCAACUUCCCAGAAGCACCUCAGGAGGAGGCUUCUCUCAGCAAUAGGCUCAAGACGUAUGCCAACUUCCCAGAAGCACCUCAGGAGGAGGCUUCUCUCAGCAAUAGGCUCAAGACGUAUGCCAACUUCCCAGAAGCACCUCAGGAGGAGGCUUCUCUCAGCAAUAGGCUCAAGACGUAUGCCAACUUCCCAGAAGCACCUCAGGAGGAGGCUUCUCUCAGCAAUAGGCUCAAGACGUAUGCCAACUUCCCAGAAGCACCUCAGGAGGAGGCUUCUCUCAGCAAUAGGCUCAAGACGUAUGCCAACUUCCCAGAAGCACCUCAGGAGGAGGCUUCUCUCAGCAAUAGGCUCAAGACGUAUGCCAACUUCCCAGAAGCACCUCAGGAGGAGGCUUCUCUCAGCAAUAGGCUCAAGACGUAUGCCAACUUCCCAGAAGCACCUCAGGAGGAGGCUUCUCUCAGCAAUAGGCUCAAGACGUAUGCCAACUUCCCAGAAGCACCUCAGGAGGAGGCUUCUCUCAGCAAUAGGCUCAAGACGUAUGCCAACUUCCCAGAAGCACCUCAGGAGGAGGCUUCUCUCAGCAAUAGGCUCAAGACGUAUGCCAACUUCCCAGAAGCACCUCAGGAGGAGGCUUCUCUCAGCAAUAGGCUCAAGACGUAUGCCAACUUCCCAGAAGCACCUCAGGAGGAGGCUUCUCUCAGCAAUAGGCUCAAGACGUAUGCCAACUUCCCAGAAGCACCUCAGGAGGAGGCUUCUCUCAGCAAUAGGCUCAAGACGUAUGCCAACUUCCCAGAAGCACCUCAGGAGGAGGCUUCUCUCAGCAAUAGGCUCAAGACGUAUGCCAACUUCCCAGAAGCACCUCAGGAGGAGGCUUCUCUCAGCAAUAGGCUCAAGACGUAUGCCAACUUCCCAGAAGCACCUCAGGAGGAGGCUUCUCUCAGCAAUAGGCUCAAGACGUAUGCCAACUUCCCAGAAGCACCUCAGGAGGAGGCUUCUCUCAGCAAUAGGCUCAAGACGUAUGCCAACUUCCCAGAAGCACCUCAGGAGGAGGCUUCUCUCAGCAAUAGGCUCAAGACGUAUGCCAACUUCCCAGAAGCACCUCAGGAGGAGGCUUCUCUCAGCAAUAGGCUCAAGACGUAUGCCAACUUCCCAGAAGCACCUCAGGAGGGGGCUUCUCUCAGCAAUAGGCUCAAGACGUAUGCCAACUUCCCAGAAGCACCUCAGGAGGAGGCUUCUCUCAGCAAUAGGCUCAAGACGUAUGCCAACUUCCCAGAAGCACCUCAGGAGGGGGCUUCUCUCAGCAAUAGGCUCAAGACGUAUGCCAACUUCCCAGAAGCACCUCAGGAGGGGGCUUCUCUCAGCAAUAGGCUCAAGACGUAUGCCAACUUCCCAGAAGCACCUCAGGAGGGGGCUUCUCUCAGCAAUAGGCUCAAGACGUAUGCCAACUUCCCAGAAGCACCUCAGGAGGGGGCUUCUCUCAGCAAUAGGCUCAAAACGUAUGCCAACUUCCCAGAAGCACCUCAGGAGGAGGCUUCUCUCAGCAAUAGGCUCAAGACGUAUGCCAACUUCCCAGAAGCACCUCAGGAGGAGGCUUCUCUCAGCAAUAGGCUCAAGACGUAUGCCAACUUCCCAGAAGCACCUCAGGAGGAGGCUUCUCUCAGCAAUAGGCUCAAGACGUAUGCCAACUUCCCAGAAGCACCUCAGGAGGGGGCUUCUCUCAGCAAUAGGCUCAAGACGUAUGCCAACUUCCCAGAAGCACCUCAGGAGGAGGCUUCUCUCAGCAAUAGGCUCAAGACGUAUGCCAACUUCCCAGAAGCACCUCAGGAGGAGGCUUCUCUCAGCAAUAGGCUCAAGUCGUAUGCCAACUUCCCAGAAGCACCUCAGGAGGAGGCUUCUCUCAGCAAUAGGCUCAAGACGUAUGCCAACUUCCCAGAAGCACCUCAGGAGGAGGCUUCUCUCAGCAAUAGGCUCAAGACGUAUGCCAACUUCCCAGAAGCACCUCAGGAGGAGGCUUCUCUCAGCAAUAGGCUCAAGACGUAUGCCAACUUCCCAGAAGCACCUCAGGAGGAGGCUUCUCUCAGCAAUAGGCUCAAGACGUAUGCCAACUUCCCAGAAGCACCUCAGGAGGAGGCUUCUCUCAGCAAUAGGCUCAAGACGUAUGCCAACUUCCCAGAAGCACCUCAGGAGGGGGCUUCUCUCAGCAAUAGGCUCAAGACGUAUGCCAACUUCCCAGAAGCACCUCAGGAGGAGGCUUCUCUCAGCAAUAGGCUCAAGACGUAUGCCAACUUCCCAGAAGCACCUCAGGAGGAGGCUUCUCUCAGCAAUAGGCUCAAGACGUAUGCCAACUUCCCAGAAGCACCUCAGGAGGAGGCUUCUCUCAGCAAUAGGCUCAAGACGUAUGCCAACUUCCCAGAAGCACCUCAGGAGGGGGCUUCUCUCAGCAAUAGGCUCAAGACGUAUGCCAACUUCCCAGAAGCACCUCAGGAGGAGGCUUCUCUCAGCAAUAGGCUCAAGACGUAUGCCAACUUCCCAGAAGCACCUCAGGAGGGGGCUUCUCUCAGCAAUAGGCUCAAGACGUAUGCCAACUUCCCAGAAGCACCUCAGGAGGGGGCUUCUCUCAGCAAUAGGCUCAAGACGUAUGCCAACUUCCCAGAAGCACCUCAGGAGGGGGCUUCUCUCAGCAAUAGGCUCAAGACGUAUGCCAACUUCCCAGAAGCACCUCAGGAGGAGGCUUCUCUCAGCAAUAGGCUCAAGACGUAUGCCAACUUCCCAGAAGCACCUCAGGAGGAGGCUUCUCUCAGCAAUAGGCUCAAGACGUAUGCCAACUUCCCAGAAGCACCUCAGGAGGGGGCUUCUCUCAGCAAUAGGCUCAAGACGUAUGCCAACUUCCCAGAAGCACCUCAGGAGGAGGCUUCUCUCAGCAAUAGGCUCAAGACGUAUGCCAACUUCCCAGAAGCACCUCAGGAGGGGGCUUCUCUCAGCAAUAGGCUCAAGACGUAUGCCAACUUCCCAGAAGCACCUCAGGAGGAGGCUUCUCUCAGCAAUAGGCUCAAGACGUAUGCCAACUUCCCAGAAGCACCUCAGGAGGAGGCUUCUCUCAGCAAUAGGCUCAAGACGUAUGCCAACUUCCCAGAAGCACCUCAGGAGGAGGCUUCUCUCAUCAAUAGGCUCAAGACGUAUGCCAACUUCCCAGAAGCACCUCAGGAGGAGGCUUCUCUCAGCAAAUGGCUCAAGACGUAUGCCAACUUCCCAGAAGCACCUCAGGAGGAGGCUUCUCUCAGCAAUAGGCUCAAGACGUAUGCCAACUUCCCAGAAGCACCUCAGGAGGAGGCUUCUCUCAGCAAUAGGCUCAAGACGUAUGCCAACUUCCCAGAAGCACCUCAGGAGGAGGCUUCUCUCAGCAAUAGGCUCAAGACGUAUGCCAACUUCCCAGAAGCACCUCAGGAGGAGGCUUCUCUCAGCAAUAGGCUCAAGACGUAUGCCAACUUCCCAGAAGCACCUCAGGAGGAGGCUUCUCUCAGCAAUAGGCUCAAGACGUAUGCCAACUUCCCAGAAGCACCUCAGGAGGAGGCUUCUCUCAGCAAUAGGCUCAAGACGUAUGCCAACUUCCCAGAAGCACCUCAGGAGGAGGCUUCUCUCAGCAAAUGGCUCAAGACGUAUGCCAACUUCCCAGAAGCACCUCAGGAGGAGGCUUCUCUCAGCAAUAGGCUCAAGACGUAUGCCAACUUCCCAGAAGCACCUCAGGAGGAGGCUUCUCUCAGCAAUAGGCUCAAGACGUAUGCCAACUUCCCAGAAGCACCUCAGGAGGAGGCUUCUCUCAGCAAUAGGCUCAAGACGUAUGCCAACUUCCCAGAAGCACCUCAGGAGGGGGCUUCUCUCAGCAAUAGGCUCAAGACGUAUGCCAACUUCCCAGAAGCACCUCAGGAGGAGGCUUCUCUCAGCAAUAGGCUCAAGACGUAUGCCAACUUCCCAGAAGCACCUCAGGAGGAGGCUUCUCUCAGCAAUAGGCUCAAGACGUAUGCCAACUUCCCAGAAGCACCUCAGGAGGAGGCUUCUCUCAGCAAUAGGCUCAAGACGUAUGCCAACUUCCCAGAAGCACCUCAGGAGGGGGCUUCUCUCAGCAAUAGGCUCAAGACGUAUGCCAACUUCCCAGAAGCACCUCAGGAGGAGGCUUCUCUCAGCAAUAGGCUCAAGACGUAUGCCAACUUCCGAGAAGCACCUCAGGAGGAGGCUUCUCUCAGCAAUAGGCUCAAGACGUAUGCCAACUUCCCAGAAGCACCUCAGGAGGAGGCUUCUCUCAGCAAUAGGCUCAAGACGUAUGCCAACUUCCCAGAAGCACCUCAGGAGGAGGCUUCUCUCAGCAAUAGGCUCAAGACGUAUGCCAACUUCCCAGAAGCACCUCAGGAGGGGGCUUCUCUCAGCAAUAGGCUCAAGACGUAUGCCAACUUCCCAGAAGCACCUCAGGAGGAGGCUUCUCUCAGCAAUAGGCUCAAGACGUAUGCCAACUUCCCAGAAGCACCUCAGGAGGAGGCUUCUCUCAGCAAUAGGCUCAAGACGUAUGCCAACUUCCCAGAAGCACCUCAGGAGGGGGCUUCUCUCAGCAAUAGGCUCAAGACGUAUGCCAACUUCCCAGAAGCACCUCAGGAGGAGGCUUCUCUCAGCAAUAGGCUCAAGACGUAUGCCAACUUCCCAGAAGCACCUCAGGAGGAGGCUUCUCUCAGCAAUAGGCUCAAGACGUAUGCCAACUUCCCAGAAGCACCUCAGGAGGAGGCUUCUCUCAGCAAUAGGCUCAAGACGUAUGCCAACUUCCCAGAAGCACCUCAGGAGGGGGCUUCUCUCAGCAAUAGGCUCAAGACGUAUGCCAACUUCCCAGAAGCACCUCAGGAGGAGGCUUCUCUCAGCAAUAGGCUCAAGACGUAUGCCAACUUCCCAGAAGCACCUCAGGAGGAGGCUUCUCUCAGCAAUAGGCUCAAGACGUAUGCCAACUUCCCAGAAGCACCUCAGGAGGAGGCUUCUCUCAGCAAUAGGCUCAAGACGUAUGCCAACUUCCCAGAAGCACCUCAGGAGGAGGCUUCUCUCAGCAAUAGGCUCAAGACGUAUGCCAACUUCCCAGAAGCACCUCAGGAGGAGGCUUCUCUCAGCAAUAGGCUCAACACGUAUGCCAACUUCCCAGAAGCACCUCAGGAGGAGGCUUCUCUCAGCAAUAGGCUCAAGACGUAUGCCAACUUCCCAGAAGCACCUCAGGAGGAGGCUUCUCUCAGCAAUAGGCUCAAGACGUAUGCCAACUUCCCAGAAGCACCUCAGGAGGAGGCUUCUCUCAGCAAUAGGCUCAAGACGUAUGCCAACUUCCCAGAAGCACCUCAGGAGGAGGCUUCUCUCAGCAAUAGGCUCAAGACGUAUGCCAACUUCCCAGAAGCACCUCAGGAGGAGGCUUCUCUCAGCAAUAGGCUCAAGACGUAUGCCAACUUCCCAGAAGCACCUCAGGAGGAGGCUUCUCUCAGCAAUAGGCUCAAGACGUAUGCCAACUUCCCAGAAGCACCUCAGGAGGAGGCUUCUCUCAGCAAUAGGCUCAACACGUAUGCCAACUUCCCAGAAGCACCUCAGGAGGAGGCUUCUCUCAGCAAUAGGCUCAAGACGUAUGCCAACUUCCCAGAAGCACCUCAGGAGGAGGCUUCUCUCAGCAAUAGGCUCAAGACGUAUGCCAACUUCCCAGAAGCACCUCAGGAGGAGGCUUCUCUCAGCAAUAGGCUCAAGACGUAUGCCAACUUCCCAGAAGCACCUCAGGAGGAGGCUUCUCUCAGCAAUAGGCUCAAGACGUAUGCCAACUUCCCAGAAGCACCUCAGGAGGAGGCUUCUCUCAGCAAUAGGCUCAAGACGUAUGCCAACUUCCCAGAAGCACCUCAGGAGGGGGCUUCUCUCAGCAAUAGGCUCAAGACGUAUGCCAACUUCGAAGAAGCACCUCAGGAGGAGGCUUCUCUCAGCAAUAGGCUCAAGACGUAUGCCAACUUCCCAGAAGCACCUCAGGAGGAGGCUUCUCUCAGCAAUAGGCUCAAGACGUAUGCCAACUUCCCAGAAGCACCUCAGGAGGGGGCUUCUCUCAGCAAUAGGCUCAAGACGUAUGCCAACUUCCCAGAAGCACCUCAGGAGGAGGCUUCUCUCAGCAAUAGGCUCAAGACGUAUGCCAACUUCCCAGAAGCACCUCAGGAGGAGGCUUCUCUCAGCAAUAGGCUCAAGACGUAUGCCAACUUCCCAGAAGCACCUCAGGAGGAGGCUUCUCUCAGCAAUAGGCUCAAGACGUAUGCCAACUUCCCAGAAGCACCUCAGGAGGAGGCUUCUCUCAGCAAUAGGCUCAAGACGUAUGCCAACUUCCCAGAAGCACCUCAGGAGGAGGCUUCUCUCAGCAAUAGGCUCAAGACGUAUGCCAACUUCCCGGAAGCACCUCAGGAGGAGGCUUCUCUCAGCAAUAGGCUCAAGACGUAUGCCAACUUCCCAGAAGCACCUCAGGAGGAGGCUUCUCUCAGCAAUAGGCUCAAGACGUAUGCCAACUUCCCAGAAGCACCUCAGGAGGAGGCUUCUCUCAGCAAUAGGCUCAAGACGUAUGCCAACUUCCCAGAAGCACCUCAGGAGGAGGCUUCUCUCAGCAAUAGGCUCAAGACGUAUGCCAACUUCCCAGAAGCACCUCAGGAGGAGGCUUCUCUCAGCAAUAGGCUCAAGACGUAUGCCAACUUCCCAGAAGCACCUCAGGAGGAGGCUUCUCUCAGCAAUAGGCUCAAGACGUAUGCCAACUUCCCGGAAGCACCUCAGGAGGAGGCUUCUCUCAGCAAUAGGCUCAAGACGUAUGCCAACUUCCCAGAAGCACCUCAGGAGGAGGCUUCUCUCAGCAAUAGGCUCAAGACGUAUGCCAACUUCCCAGAAGCACCUCAGGAGGAGGCUUCUCUCAGCAAUAGGCUCAAGACGUAUGCCAACUUCCCAGAAGCACCUCAGGAGGAGGCUUCUCUCAGCAAUAGGCUCAAGACGUAUGCCAACUUCCCAGAAGCACCUCAGGAGGAGGCUUCUCUCAGCAAUAGGCUCAAGACGUAUGCCAACUUCCCAGAAGCACCUCAGGAGGAGGCUUCUCUCAGCAAUAGGCUCAAGACGUAUGCCAACUUCCCAGAAGCACCUCAGGAGGAGGCUUCUCUCAGCAAUAGGCUCAAGACGUAUGCCAACUUCCCAGAAGCACCUCAGGAGGAGGCUUCUCUCAGCAAUAGGCUCAAGACGUAUGCCAACUUCCCAGAAGCACCUCAGGAGGAGGCUUCUCUCAGCAAUAGGCUCAAGACGUAUGCCAACUUCCCAGAAGCACCUCAGGAGGAGGCUUCUCUCAGCAAUAGGCUCAAGACGUAUGCCAACUUCCCAGAAGCACCUCAGGAGGAGGCUUCUCUCAGCAAUAGGCUCAAGACGUAUGCCAACUUCCCAGAAGCACCUCAGGAGGAGGCUUCUCUCAGCAAUUGGCUCAAGACGUAUGCCAACUUCCCAGAAGCACCUCAGGAGGAGGCUUCUCUCAGCAAUAGGCUCAAGACGUAUGCCAACUUCCCAGAAGCACCUCAGGAGGAGGCUUCUCUCAGCAAUUGGCUCAAGACGUAUGCCAACUUUCCAGAAGCACCUCAGGAGGAGGCUUCUCUCAGCAAUAGGCUCAAGACGUAUGCCAACUUUCCAGAAGCACCUCAGGAGGAGGCUUCUCUCAGCAAUAGGCUCAAGACGUAUGCCAACUUUCCAGAAGCACCUCAGGAGGAGGCUUCUCUCAGCAAUAGGCUCAAGACGUAUGCCAACUUUCCAGAAGCACCUCAGGAGGAGGCUUCUCUCAGCAAUAGGCUCAAGACGUAUGCCAACUUUCCAGAAGCACCUCAGGAGGAGGCUUCUCUCAGCAAUAGGCUCAAGACGUAUGCCAACUUUCCAGAAGCACCUCAGGAGGAGGCUUCUCUCAGCAAUAGGCUCAAGACGUAUGCCAACUUUCCAGAAGCACCUCAGGAGGAGGCUUCUCUCAGCAAUAGGCUCAAGACGUAUGCCAACUUUCCAGAAGCACCUCAGGAGGAGGCUUCUCUCAGCAAUAGGCUCAAGACGUAUGCCAACUUUCCAGAAGCACCUCAGGAGGAGGCUUCUCUCAGCAAUAGGCUCAAGACGUAUGCCAACUUUCCAGAAGCACCUCAGGAGGAGGCUUCUCUCAGCAAUAGUCUCAAGACGUAUGCCAACUUUCCAGAUGCACCUCAGGAGGAGGCUUCUCUCAGCAAUAGGCUCAAGACGUAUGCCAACUUUCCAGAAGCACCUCAGGAGGAGGCUUCUCUCAGCAAUAGGCUCAAGACGUGUGCCAACUUUCCUGAAGCACCUCAGGAGGAGGCUUCUCUCAGCAAUAGGCUCAAGACGUAUGCCAACUUUCCAGAAGCACCUCAGGAGGAGGCUUCUCUCAGCAAUAGGCUCAAGACGUAUGCCAACUUUCCAGAAGCACCUCAGGAGGAGGCUUCUCUCAGCAAUAGGCUCAAGACGUGUGCCAACUUUCCUGAAGCACCUCAGGAGGAGGCUUCUCUCAGCAAUAGGCUCAAGACGUAUGCCAACUUUCCAGAAGCACCUCAGGAGGAGGCUUCUCUCAGCAAUAGGCUCAAGACGUAUGCCAACUUUCCAGAAGCACCUCAGGAGGAGGCUUCUCUCAGCAAUAGGCUCAAGACGUAUGCCAACUUUCCAGAAGCACCUCAGGAGGAGGCUUCUCUCAGCAAUAGGCUCAAGACGUAUGCCAACUUUCCAGAAACACCUCAGGAGGAGGCUUCUCUCAGCAAUAGGCUCAAGACGUAUGCCAACUUUCCAGAAGCACCUCAGGAGGAGGCUUCUCUCAGCAAUAGGCUCAAGACGUAUGCCAACUUUCCAGAAGCACCUCAGGAGGAGGCUUCUCUCAGCAAUAGGCUCAAGACGUAUGCCAACUUUCCAGAAACACCUCAGGAGGAGGCUUCUCUCAGCAAUAGGCUCAAGACGUAUGCCAACUUUCCCGAAACACCUCAGGAGGAGGCUUCUCUCAGCAAUAGUCUCAAGACGUAUGCCAACUUUCCAGAAGCACCUCAGGAGGAGGAUUCUCUCAGCAAUAGGCUCAAGACGUAUGCCAACUUUCCAGAAACACCUCAGGAGGAGGCUUCUCUCAGCAAUAGGCUCAAGACGUAUGCCAACUUUCCAGAAGCACCUCAGGAGGAGGCUUCUCUCAGCAAUAGGCUCAAGACGUAUGCCAACUUUCCAGAAACACCUCAGGAGGAGGCUUCUCUCAGCAAUAGGCUCAAGACGUAUGCCAACUUUCCAGAAGCACCUCAGGAGGAGGCUUCUCUCAGCAAUAGGCUCAAGACGUAUGCCAACUUUCCAGAAACACCUCAGGAGGAGGCUUCUCUCAGCAAUAGUCUCAAGACGUAUGCCAACUUUCCAGAAGCACCUCAGGAGGAGGCUUCUCUCAGCAAUAGGCUCAAGACGUAUGCCAACUUUCCAGAAGCACCUCAGGAGGAGGCUUCUCUCAGCAAUAGGCUCAAGACGUAUGCCAACUUUCCAGAAGCACCUCAGGAGGAGGCUUCUCUCAGCAAUAGGCUCAAGACGUAUGCCAACUUUCCAGAAGCACCUCAGGAGGAGGCUUCUCUCAGCAAUAGGCUCAAGACGUAUGCCAACUUUCCAGAAGCACCUCAGGAGGAGGCUUCUCUCAGCAAUAGGCUCAAGACGUAUGCCAACUUUCCAGAAGCACCUCAGGAGGAGGCUUCUCUCAGCAAUAGGCUCAAGACGUAUGCCAACUUUCCAGAAGCACCUCAGGAGGAGGCUUCUCUCAGCAAUAGGCUCAAGACGUAUGCCAACUUUCCAGAAGCACCUCAGGAGGAGGCUUCUCUCAGCAAUAGGCUCAAGACGUAUGCCAACUUUCCAGAAGCACCUCAGGAGGAGGCUUCUCUCAGCAAUAGGCUCAAGACGUAUGCCAACUUUCCAGAAGCACCUCAGGAGGAGGCUUCUCUCAGCAAUAGGCUCAAGACGUAUGCCAACUUUCCAGAAACACCUCAGGAGGAGGCUUCUCUCAGCAAUAGUCUCAAGACGUAUGCCAACUUUCCAGAAGCACCUCAGGCGGAGGCUUCUCUCAGCAAUAGGCUCAAGACGUAUGCCAACUUUCCAGAAACACCUCAGGAGGAGGCUUCUCUCAGCAAUAGGCUCAAGACGUAUGCCAACUUUCCAGAAGCACCUCAGGAGGAGGCUUCUCUCAGCAAUAGGCUCAAGACGUAUGCCAACUUUCCAGAAACACCUCAGGAGGAGGCUUCUCUCAGCAAUAGGCUCAAGACGUAUGCCAACUUUCCAGAAGCACCUCAGGAGGAGGCUUCUCUCAGCAAUAGGCUCAAGACGUAUGCCAACUUUCCAGAAGCACCUCAGGAGGAGGCUUCUCUCAGCAAUAGGCUCAAGACGUAUGCCAACUUUCCAGAAGCACCUCAGGAGGAGGCUUCUCUCAGCAAUAGGCUCAAGACGUAUGCCAACUUUCCAGAAGCACCUCAGGAGGAGGCUUCUCUCAGCAAUAGGCUCAAGACGUAUGCCAACUUUCCAGAAGCACCUCAGGAGGAGGCUUCUCUCAGCAAUAGGCUCAAGACGUAUGCCAACUUUCCAGAAACACCUCAGGAGGAGGCCUCUCUCAGCAAUAGGCUCAAGACGUAUGCCAACUUUCCAGAAGCACCUCAGGAGGAGGCUUCUCUCAGCAAUAGGCUCAAGACGUAUGCCAACUUUCCAGAAGCACCUCAGGAGGAGGCUUCUCUCAGCAAUAGUCUCAAGACGUAUGCCAACUUUCCAGAAGCACCUCAGGAGGAGGCUUGUCUCAGCAAUAGGCUCAAGACGUAUGCCAACUUUCCAGAAGCACCUCAGGAGGAGGCUUCUCUCAGCAAUAGGCUCAAGAUGUAUGCCAACUUUCCAGAAGCACCUCAGGAGGAGGCUUCUCUCAGCAAUAGGCUCAAGACGUAUACCAACUCCCCAGAAGCACCUCAGGAGGAGGCUUCUCUCAGCAAUAGGCUCAAGACGUAUGCCAACUUUCCAGAAGCACCUCAGGAGGAGGCUUCUCUCAGCAAUAGGCUCAAGACGUAUGCCAACUUUCCAGAAGCACCUCAGGAGGAGGCUUCUCUCAGCAAUAGGCUCAAGACGUAUGCCAACUUUCCAGAAGCACCUCAGGAGGAGGCUUCUCUCAGCAAUAGGCUCAAGACGUAUGCCAACUUUCCAGAAGCACCUCAGGAGGAGGCUUCUCUCAGCAAUAGGCUCAAGACGUAUGCCAACUUUCCAGAAGCACCUCAGGAGGAGGCUUCUCUCAGCAAUAGUCUCAAGACGUAUGCCAACUUUCCAGAAGCACCUCAGGAGGAGGCUUGUCUCAGCAAUAGGCUCAAGACGUAUGCCAACUUUCCAGAAGCACCUCAGGAGGAGGCUUCUCUCAGCAAUAGGCAACUCCAGAGAUGCCCCGAGAACACUGUCCCAAGUCUAGAGGAACACCAACUUCAGCACAGCAACUCGAGGAAUGCUCCGUGUACCCCAAAUCGUCUCGAGAUGAGAGCUGAUUCCCUGGCUUGGCUCAAGACGUAUGCCAACUUUCCAGAAGCACCUCAGGAGGAGGCUUCUCUCAGCAAUAGGCUCAAGACGUAUACCAACUCCCCAGAAGCACCUCAGGAGGAGGCUUCUCUCAGCAAUAGGCUCAAGACGUAUGCCAACUUUCCAGAAGCACCUCAGGAGGAGGCUUCUCUCAGCAAUAGGCUCAAGACGUAUGCCAACUUUCCAGAAGCACCUCAGGAGGAGGCUUCUCUCAGCAAUAGGCUCAAGACGUAUACCAACUCCCCAGAAGCACCUCAGGAGGAGGCUUCUCUCAGCAAUAGGCUCAAGACGUAUGCCAACUUUCCAGAAGCACCUCAGGAGGAGGCUUCUCUCAGCAAUAGGCUCAAGACGUAUGCCAACUUUCCAGAAGCACCUCAGGAGGAGGCUUCUCUCAGCAAUAGGCUCAAGACGUAUGCCAACUUUCCAGAAGCACCUCAGGAGGAGGCUUCUCUCAGCAAUAGGCUCAAGACGUAUGCCAACUUUCCAGAAGCACCUCAGGAGGAGGCUUCUCUCAGCAAUAGGCUCAAGACGUAUGCCAACUUUCCAGAAGCACCUCAGGAGGAGGCUUCUCUCAGCAAUAGGCUCAAGACGUAUGCCAACUUUCCAGAAGCACCUCAGGAGGAGGCUUCUCUCAGCAAUAGGCUCAAGACGUAUGCCAACUUUCCAGAAGCACCUCAGGAGGAGGCUUCUCUCAGCAAUAGGCUCAAGAUGUAUGCCAACUUUCCAGAAGCACCUCAGGAGGAGGCUUCUCUCAGCAAUAGGCUCAAGACGUAUGCCAACUUUCCAGAAGCACCUCAGGAGGAGGCUUCUCUCAGCAAUAGGCUCAAGACGUAUGCCAACUUUCCAGAAGCACCUCAGGAGGAGGCUUCUCUCAGCAAUAGGCUCAAGACGUAUGCCAACUUUCCAGAAGCACCUCAGGAGGAGGCUUCUCUCAGCAAUAGGCUCAAGACGUAUGCAAACUUUCCAGAAGCACCUCAGGAGGAGGCUUCUCUCAGCAAUAGGCUCAAGACGUAUGCCAACUUUCCAGAAGCACCUCAGGAGGAGGCUUCUCUCAGCAAUAGGCUCAAGACGUAUGCCAACUUUCCAGAAGCACCUCAGGAGGAGGCUUCUCUCAGCAAUAGGCUCAAGACGUAUGCCAACUUUCCAGAAGCACCUCAGGAGGAGGCUUCUCUCAGCAAUAGGCUCAAGACGUAUGCCAACUUUCCAGAAGCACCUCAGGAGGAGGCUUCUCUCAGCAAUAGGCUCAAGACGUAUGCCAACUUUCCAGAAGCACCUCAGGAGGAGGCUUCUCUCAGCAAUAGGCUCAAGACGUAUGCCAACUUUCCAGAAGCACCUCAGGAGGAGGCUUCUCUCAGCAAUAGGCUCAAGACGUAUGCCAACUUUCCAGAAGCACCUCAGGAGGAGGCUUCUCUCAGCAAUAGGCUCAAGACGUAUGCCAACUUUCCAGAAGCACCUCAGGAGGAGGCUUCUCUCAGCAAUAGGCUCAAGACGUAUGCCAACUUUCCAGAAGCACCUCAGGAGGAGGCAUCUCUCAGCAAUAGGCUCAAGACGUAUGCCAACUUUCCAGAAGCACCUCAGGAGGAGACUUCUUUCAUCAAUAGGCUCAAGACGUAUGCCAACUUUCCAGAAGCACCUCAGGAGGAGGCUUCUCUCAGCAAUAGGCUCAAGACGUAUGCCAACUUUCCAGAAGCACCUCAGGAGGAGACUUCUUUCAGCAAUAGGCUCAAGACGUAUGCCAACUUUCCAGAAGCACCUCAGGAGGAGGCUUCUCUCAGCAAUAGGCUCAAGACGUAUGCCAACUUUCCAGAAGCACCUCAGGAGGAGGCUUCUCUCAGCAAUAGGCUCAAGACGUAUGCCAACUUUCCAGAAGCACCUCAGGAGGAGGCUUCUCUCAGCAAUAGGCUCAAGACGUAUGCCAACUUUCCAGAAGCACCUCAGGAGGAGGCUUCUCUCAGCAAUAGGCUCAAGACGUAUGCCAACUUUCCAGAAGCACCUCAGGAGGAGACUUCUUUCAACAAUAGGCUCAAGACGUAUGCCAACAUUCCAGAAGCACCUCAGGAGGAGGCUUCUCUCAGCAAUAGGCUCAAGACGUAUGCCAACUUUCCAGAAGCACCUCAGGAGGAGGCUUCUCUCAGCAAUAGGCUCAAGACGUAUGCCAACUUUCCAGAAGCACCUCAGGAGGAGGCUUCUCUCAGGAAUAGGCUCAAGACGUAUGCCAACUUUCCAGAAGCACCUCAGGAGGAGGCUUCUCUCAGCAAUAGGCUCAAGACGUAUGCCAACAUUCCAGAAGCACCUCAGGAGGAGGCUUCUCUCAGCAAUAGGCUCAAGACGUAUGCCAACUUUCCAGAAGCACCUCAGGAGGAGGCUUCUCUCAGCAAUAGGCUCAAGACGUAUGCCAACUUUCCAGAAGCACCUCAGGAGGAGGCUUCUCUCAGCAAUAGGCUCAAGACGUAUGCCAACUUUCCAGAAGCACCUCAGGAGGAGACUUCUUUCAGCAAUAGGCUCAAGACGUAUGCCAACUUUCCAGAAGCACCUCAGGAGGAGGCUUCUCUCAGCAAUAGGCUCAAGACGUAUGCCAACUUCCCAGAAGCACCUCAGGAGGAGGCUUCUCUCAGCAAUAGGCUCAAGACGUAUGCCAACUUCCCAGAAGCACCUCAGGAGGAGGCUUCUCUCAGCAAUAGGCUCAAGGCGUAUGCCAACUUCCCAGUAGCACCUCAGGAGGAGGCUUCUCUCAGCAAUAGGCUCAAGACGUAUGCCAACUUUCCAGAAGCACCUCAGGAGGAGACUUCUUUCAGCAAUAGGCUCAAGACGUAUGCCAACUUUCCAGAAGCACCUCAGGAGGAGGCUUCUCUCAGCAAUAGGCUCAAGACGUAUGCCAACUUUCCAGAAGCACCUCAGGAGGAGGCUUCUCUCAGCAAUAGGCUCAAGACGUAUGCCAACUUUCCAGAAGCACCUCAGGAGGAGACUUCUUUCAGCAAUAGGCUCAAGACGUAUGCCAACAUUCCAGAAGCACCUCAGGAGGAGGCUUCUCUCAGCAAUAGGCUCAAGACGUAUGCCAACUUCCCAAAAGCACCUCAGGAGGAGGCUUCUCUAAGCAAUAGGCUCAAGACGUAUGCCAACUUUCCAGAAGCACCUCAGGAGGAGGCUUCUCUCAGCAAUAGGCUCAAGACGUAUGCCAACUUUCCAGAAGCACCUCAGGAGGAGACUUCUUUCAGCAAUAGGCUCAAGACGUAUGCCAACAUUCCAGAAGCACCUCAGGAGGAGGCUUCUCUCAGCAAUAGGCUCAAGACGUAUGCCAACUUUCCAGAAGCACCUCAGGAGGAGGCUUCUCUCAGCAAUAGGCUCAAGACGUAUGCCAACUUUCCAGAAGCACCUGAGGAGGAGGCUUCUCUCAGCAAUAGGCUCAAGACGUAUGCCAACUUUCCAGAAGCACCUCAGGAGGAGGCUUCUCUCAGCAAUAGGCUCAAGACGUAUGCCAACUUUGCAGAAGCACCUCAGGAGGAGAAUUCUUUCAGCAAUAGGCUCAAGACGUAUGCCAACAUUCCAGAAGCACCUCAGGAGGAGGCUUCUCUCAGCAAUAGGCUCAAGACGUAUGCCAACAUUCCAGAAGCACCUCAGGAGGAGGCUUCUCUCAGCAAUAGGCUCAAGACGUAUGCCAACUUUCCAGAAGCACCUCAGGAGGAGGCUUCUCUCAGCAAUAGGCUCAAGACGUAUGCCAACUUUCCAGAAGCACCUCAGGAGGAGGCUUCUCUCAGCAAUAGGCUCAAGACGUAUGCCAACUUUCCAGAAGCACCUCAGGAGGAGGCUUCUCUCAGCAAUAGGCUAAAGACGUAUGCCAACUUUCCAGAAGCACCUCAGGAGGAGGCUUCUCUCAGCAAUAGGCUCAAGACGUAUGCCAACUUUCCAGAAGCACCUCAGGAGGAGGCUUCUCUCAGCAAUAGGCUCAAGACGUAUGCCAACUUUCCAGAAGCACCUCAGGAGGAGGCUUCUCUCAGCAAUAGGCUCAAGACGUAUGCCAACUUUCCAGAAGCACCUCAGGAGGAGGCUUCUCUCAGCAAUAGGCUCAAGACGUAUGCCAACUUUCCAGAAGCACCUCAGGAGGAGGCUUCUCUCAGCAAUAGGCUCAAGACGUAUGCCAACUUUCCAGAAGCACCUCAGGAGGAGGCUUCUCUCAGCAAUAGGCUCAAGUCGUAUGCCAACUUUCCAGAAGCACCUCAGGAGGAGGCUUCUCUCAGCAAUAGGCUCAAGACGUAUGCCAACUUUCCAGAAGCACCUCAGGAGGAGGCUUCUCUCAGCAAUAGGCUCAAGACGUAUGCCAACUUUCCAGAAGCACCUCAGGAGGAGGCUUCUCUCAGCAAUAGGCUCAAGACGUAUGCCAACUUUCCAGAAGCACCUCAGGAGGAGGCUUCUCUCAGCAAUAGGCUCAAGACGUAUGCCAACUUUCCAGAAGCACCUCAGGAGGAGGCUUCUCUCAGCAAUAGGCUCAAGACGUAUGCCAACUUUCCAGAAACACCUCAGGAGGAGACUUCUUUCAGCAAUAGGCUCAAGACGUAUGCCAACUUUCCAGAAGCACCUCAGGAGGAGACUUCUUUCAGCAAUAGGCUCAAGACGUAUGCCAACUUUCCAGAAGCACCUCAGGAGGAGGCUUCUCUCAGCAAUAGGCUCAAGACGUAUGCCAACUUUCCAGAAGCACCUCAGGAGGAGGCUUCUCUCAGCAAUAGGCUCAAGACGUAUGCCAACUUUCCAGAAACACCUCAGGAGGAGACUUCUUUCAGCAACAGGCUCAAGACGUAUGCCAACUUUCCAGAAGCACCUCAGGAGGAGGCUUCUCUCAGCAAUAGGCUCAAGACGUAUGCCAACUUUCCAGAAGCACCUCAGGAGAAGGCUUCUCUCAGCAAUAGGCUCAAGACGUAUGCCAACUUUCCAGAAGCACCUCAGGAGGAGACUUCUUUCAGCAAUAGGCUCAAGACGUAUGCCAACAUUCCAGAAGCACCUCAGGAGGAGGCUUCUCUCAGCAAUAGGCUCAAGACGUAUGCCAACUUUCCAGAAGCACCUCAGGAGGAGGCUUCUCUCAGCAAUAGGCUCAAGACGUAUGCCAACUUUCCAGAAGCACCUCAGGAGAAGGCUUCUCUCAGCAAUAGGCUCAAGACGUAUGCCAACUUUCCAGAAGCACCUCAGGAGGAGACUUCUUUCAGCAAUAGGCUCAAGACGUAUGCCAACAUUCCAGAAGCACCUCAGGAGGAGGCUUCUCUCAGCAAUAGGCUCAAGACGUAUGCCAACUUUCCAGAAGCACCUCAGGAGGAGGCUUCUCUCAGCAAUAGGCUCAAGACGUAUGCCAACUUUCCAGAAGCACCUCAGGAGGAGGCUUCUCUCAGCAAUAGGCUCAAGACGUAUGCCAACUUUCCAGAAGCACCUCAGGAGGAGGCUUCUCUCAGCAAUAGGCUCAAGACGUAUGCCAACUUUCCAGAAGCACCUCAGGAGGAGGCUUCUCUCAGCAAUAGGCUCAAGACGUAUGCCAACUUUCCAGAAGCACCUCAGGAGGAGGCUUCUCUCAGCAAUAGGCUCAAGACGUAUGCCAACUUUCCAGAAGCACCUCAGGAGGAGACUUCUUUCAGCAAUAGGCUCAAGACGUAUGCCAACAUUCCAGAAGCACCUCAGGAGGAGGCUUCUCUCAGCAAUAGGCUCAAGACGUAUGCCAACUUUCCAGAAGCACCUCAGGAGGAGGCUUCUCUCAGCAAUAGGCUCAAGACGUAUGCCAACUUCCCAGAAGCACCUCAGGAGGAGGCUUCUCUCAGCAAUAGGCUCAAGACGUAUGCCAGCUUUCCAGAAGCACCUCAGGAGGAGACUUCUUUCAGCAAUAGGCUCAAGACGUAUGCCAACAUUCCAGAAGCACCUCAGGAGGAGGCUUCUCUCAGCAAUAGGCUCAAGACGUAUGCCAACUUUCCAGAAGCACCUCAGGAGGAGGCUUCUCUCAGCAAUAGGCUCAAGACGUAUGCCAACUUUCCAGAAGCACCUCAGGAGGAGGCUUCUCUCAGCAAUAGGCUCAAGACGUAUGCCAACUUUCCAGAAGCACCUCAGGAGGAGACUUCUUUCAGCAAUAGGCUCAAGACGUAUGCCAACUUUCCAGAAGCACCUCAGGAGGAGACUUCUUUCAGCAAUAGGCUCAAGACGUAUGCCAACAUUCCAGAAGCACCUCAGGAGGAGGCUUCUCUCAGCAAUAGGCUCAAGACGUAUGCCAACUUUCCAGAAGCACCUCAGGAGGAGGCUUCUCUCAGCAAUAGGCUUAAGACGUAUGCCAACUUUCCAGAAGCACCUCAGGAGGAGGCUUCUCUCAGCAAUAGGCUCAAGACGUAUGCCAACUUUCCAGAAGCACCUCAGGAGGAGACUUCUUUCAGCAAUAGGCUCAAGACGUAUGCCAACAUUCCAGAAGCACCUCAGGAGGAGGCUUCUCUCAGCAAUAGGCUCAAGACGUAUGCCAACUUUCCAGAAGCACCUCAGGAGGAGGCUUCUCUCAGCAAUAGGCUCAAGACGUAUGCCAACUUUCCAGAAGCACCUCAGGAGGAGGCUUCUCUCAGCAAUAGGCUCAAGACGUAUGCCAACUUUCCAGAAGCACCUCAGGAGGAGGCUUCUCUCAGCAAUAGGCUCAAGACGUAUGCCAACUUUCCAGAAGCACCUCAGGAGGAUGCUUCUCUCAGCAAUAGGCUCAAGACGUAUGCCAACUUUCCAGAAGCACCUCAGGAGGAGGCUUCUCUCAGCAAUAGGCUCAAGACGUAUGCCAACUUUCCAGAAGCACCUCAGGAGGAGGCUUCUCUCAGCAAUAGGCUCAAGACGUAUGCCAACUUUCCAGAAGCACCUCAGGAGGAGGCUUCUCUCAGCAAUAGGCUCAAGACGUAUGCCAACAUUCCAGAAGCACCUCAGGAGGAGGCUUCUCUCAGCAAUAGGCUCAAGACAUAUGCCAACUUUCCAGAAGCACCUCAGGAGGAGGCUUCUCUCAGCAAUAGGCUCAAGACGUAUGCCAACUUUCCAGAAGCACCUCAGGAGGAGGCUUCUCUCAGCAAUAGGCUCAAGACGUAUGCCAACUUUCCAGAAGCACCUCAGGAGGAGUCUUCUCUCAGCAAUAGGCUCAAGACGUAUGCCAACUUUCCAGAAGCACCUCAGGAGGAGGCUUCUCUCAGCAAUAGGCUCAAGACGUAUGCCAACUUUCCAGAAGCACCUCAGGAGGAGGCUUCUCUCAGCAAUAGGCUCAAGACGUAUGCCAACUUUCCAGAAGCACCUCAGGAGGAGGCUUCUCUCAGCAAUAGGCUCAAGACGUAUGCCAACUUUCCAGAAGCACCUCAGGAGGAGGCUUCUCUCAGCAAUAGGCUCAAGACGUAUGCCAACAUUCCAGAAGCACCUCAGGAGGAGGCUUCUCUCAGCAAUAGGCUCAAGACGUAUGCCAACUUUCCAGAAGCACCUCAGGAGGAGUCUUCUCUCAGCAAUAGGCUCAAGACGUAUGCCAACUUUCCAGAAGCACCUCAGGAGGAGGCUUCUCUCAGCAAUAGGCUCAAGACGUAUGCCAACUUUCCAGAAGCACCUCAGGAGGAGGCUUCUCUCAGCAAUAGGAAUCCCAAAAUCCCUGUGGCUACUGGAAAGGGUCCUUGGGUGCCCUGCCUCACCUCGAGAAGCGUCCCUUUUGCCCUGUCAAGCCUCGAAGAGAUUCCUGAGGUGUACCUCGUUAUUACACUGGAGUCCUGA